UUUCCGGGUUCCGUCAUCACCUUCUCUUGCUGAUCAGUGGAGCCACUCAAUCCUAUAAGCGCGCUCACAGCCAACCUGCUUACAUUCGCUGACACCCUCACAUUUCAGAGCCGGAGGAAAUGGCCACGAGGACAAACGCAUCGAUAUAGCCUGCUUAUCCCGGGACGUUAUUUCUUUUUCCGUUUCGUUAAAAAGGGAAGGAAAAUACUUUGGAAGGAAUAGACUGGAACUAACACUCUAUAUGCACGAUAUAGGCUAUUAUCUUGACAUCCAGUCUCUAUGAAUGACAGCAGGAACGAUACAAGGGUUGUCAGUGUGCUAAUUGGAAAAACUUUUAACCGACUGUUCUGAUUCGUCUUAUACGUUAUGGUGAUGUUUCCCAUAAUUGCGCUAUUGCAUUACUAAUCAUUUUUAAAUACGCAUCUUCACCUUGCUGUGGGCUUCCUUUUUAAUGCCACUGCGGAUUACAAUACCCAAUUGGAUGUAAAACGGCAGCAAUUUGAUACAUAACCUUCUCUGCGGAUUGAGUAGCAGUUUCUUGCCCUUCUGUAUCUCCAAAACAAGCGCAUGUCGAUGGCGCAAAGGUACGAUGAGCUGGCCCACUAUGGUGGUGGGAUGGACGGAGUUGGACUACCAGCGUCCAUGUAUGGUGACCCUCACGCUCCGCGGCCGCUUCCCCAAGUCCACCAUCUGAACCACGGUCCGCCUCCACAUCCAACCCAGCACUAUGGAGCCCACGCACCACACAACAUCAUGCCCAGCAGCAUGGGCAGCGCCGUGAACGACGCACUGAAAAGAGACAAAGAUCAAAUAUAUGGUCACCCGCUAUUCCCUUUGCUAGCACUGGUGUUUGAGAAGUGUGAAUUGGCAACAUGCACGCCGAGGGAGCCUGGUGUAGCGGGCGGCGAUGUUUGCUCAUCAGACUCAUUCAACGAAGACAUUGCCGUCUUUGCAAAACAGAUACGUGCAGAGAAACCGUUAUUUUCGUCGAAUCCAGAAUUGGAUAACUUGAUGAUCCAAGCUAUUCAAGUAUUACGAUUUCACCUUUUGGAAUUAGAGAAGGUGCACGAGCUAUGUGACAAUUUCUGCCAUCGGUACAUCAGUUGUUUGAAAGGCAAAAUGCCCAUCGACUUGGUCAUAGACGAUCGAGAUGGCUGCAAAUCCGACUUUGAUGACCUGACGGGAUCCUCUACAAAUCUAGCAGACCACAACCCGGCAUCCUGGAGAGACCUGGAUGACGCCCACUCCACGCCCUCCGUGGGUACCCCAGGGCCCUCCAGUGGGGGUCACGUCUCCCAGAGUGGGGACAACAGCAGUGAACUCGGCGACGGGCUCGACAACAGCCUGGCGUCACCGGGCACAGGGGACGAAGACGACCAGGACAAGAAGAGGCAGAAGAAGAGGGGCAUCUUCCCCAAAGUGGCCACCAAUAUCAUGCGUGCGUGGCUCUUCCAGCACCUUACGCACCCCUAUCCUUCAGAGGAACAGAAGAAGCAGCUAGCACAAGACACAGGGCUCACCAUUCUGCAAGUCAAUAACUGGUUCAUCAAUGCCAGAAGGAGAAUAGUACAGCCUAUGAUUGACCAAUCUAAUAGAGCUGUGGGUCAGGGGACAGCAUAUAGCCCUGACGGUCAACCAAUGGGAGGCUUUGUACUUGACGGACAGCAGCACAUGGGGAUUCGGCCUGGCGGACCAAUGGGUGGCAUGGGAAUGAAUAUGGGCAUGGAUGGACAGUGGCACUACAUGUAAACUCCUUCCAACCGAGGCAAGCCUGAAGAAGAUGGUGAAGCCUCCAUGGUUUGCUCAGGGAAAAUUCCAUUUUGCCGCGUGGUCCAGUGAGAGCGUAACUCCAGUCACGCAUGUAGCCAUCAUCUGACCAUGGCCGCCACACCACCACUGGAAAAUAGAGGACUAAACCCACCCUGGGACCGCCCACAUCUGCACAGGCCCCGCCCACCUUGACCUUUACUAACCCCAUGCCUGGAGGAAGACCAGGAGCUAGUAAAAAAUAACAGCUACAACAACAAGAACGACAACAAUCUUAAAAAGAAAAGAGACUUCUAAAUGAACAACGGAAGCUAAAAUGACCUCAACAUUUUGACACAUUUUUGUUUUCUUUUUUAAAUUAUUUAUUUAUUUUUCUACAAUGGUGGACCAUGGGGAGCAUAACUUUUCAGUCUUUGCCCAAGAUAUAUUGAAUCAAUUGUAUAUACACACAGCCCGUAUACACACACACACACACACACUUACGCGCACACAAGUGCAUGCACACACAGACACAUGCACUGACGCACUCACACAGGCAUACAGGCUUCAUCCUAUGAACAUACCAUUUGAAAACAACCACUGUGGAAUAUCUAAUAAGACGAUGAAGACUCUAAGAGUUUAAAUAACUGUUGUGGUGUAUAGACUUGUGAUUUUUCAUUUGACUGUUCUGUUCAUGUUUGCGCUUUGUGGUCACUAGUUUAUAGAGUGAGAGUGUAUCACUGUCUCCCACCUUCAUGUGCUGUGAAAGAGAGAAGAAGAAAUUGACUCUUGAGUUUGAGUGACUGCAAACUGCAGCUCUAUCCAGGUCCCAAAAAAAAAAAAAAAAAAGCCCUCUUUUUAUUUGUAUUCUGAAUGUUGCCCAGUUGUUUUUAUUGCCCAUGCACUGAAUCAAUUUGUUUUUUACUGUUUUGAUUUUGAUUGAUCUGUGUUCUCCUGAAUCGUACUGAAAGGGUUCAUGGGCUCUAUACUGGUAGGGUGGAUCCUGGACUGACUUCCAUCUACAUCAUAUUCAAAUAGUUUUAUAGCACACAGGAAGGAGGGAAAGGGUUCUGCACUAAAAACCAAAAUAAAAACUCAUUUUAAACCUUUA